CCUACCUAGCCCCCUGCCGCCUGCAAAAUCACACAACUGUACCAAGAGGCAAGAGCGAUCCACAACAGUAGCCCAGAAGAAGAAGAAGAAGAAAGGCACAAAUGGGAAUCGAGAAGGAGCUCAUCCGCCCGGGAAACGGCCCCAAACCAUCUCGCGGCCAGAAAGUCACCGUUCAUUGCACCGGCUUUGAGUUGAAUAGAACCCCUUUGUUCCUGUAUUUCAGCACAAAGGACCCAGGGCAGCAGCCUUUCUCUUUCAAUAUUGGCAAGGGAAGCGUCAUAAAAGGGUGGGAUGAAGGUGUCAUGGGAAUGCAAGUGGGAGAAGUCGCUCGUCUGCGGUGCUCCCCGGACUACGCCUAUGGAGCUGCCGGAUUUGGAGCAUGGGGAAUCCUGCCCAAUUCACCUCUGAUCUUCGAGAUCGAAGUCCUGAGCGCAGAGUGAUCCCUCUUAGCAAGUGGCGGAAGAAGAUCCAUGGAGUUGCAGUAUGUUUCGUGGUGUUGUUCAAGUCCUCAGGAUUACCUAGAAUAAUAAUGGCCGCCUUGUAACCGAGACAUGUCUAUGUAUGUACCGUAACUGCUCACUUUGAAUCAUAUACUGCCAGCAAUCUCUCGGGUUUGAGCAUCGAUUUGUCAACUCGGUGUACUGUUCUUUGAUCAUCCACUCAUGCUCCACAAUUAUAAUGCAUGUUCCACGGGUACAAUUUUCAUCA